AUGCAUGAAAAUUAUAAAUUGUCGGUUGUAUCCGGUGGAAAACCGCUGCUUCCGAGAAUUGGAAACAGGUCUAGUACAAUUAAGACGGUGAAUACUUUGAUGCGGGAUCAGGAGAACUAUGUUGUAUCUUUUAAUAACCAGUUGAAAAUAUAUUCUAUCGAAACAAGGCAGUGCGUUAAGACGUUGAAGUUUUCUAACAAUCACGUUUUAAACAAGAUCUUUGGAAAGGAUGAUGCAGCGAUAGUUAUCCAUAUCUCCUUGAAUGAUGGAUCUACUACGAAAGGAGAAGAAUCCAAGGCAAGCGAUGAGAUAAGGUUGGUUUCUGACAGGGGAGAUCUUGUUUUGCUGAAAUAUAGAGGGAAAUUGUUAGAAGAUCCGACGCAUUCUGUGCUAGCUAUACCAGAUGGAGAGACGAUUUUUAAGGUGUUUGAGGAUGAGCGUGGAACCAUGAGUAAACUGUUCACCAUUGUAGAAGACUCAUCAUCUACUUAUACAUACAAGUUGCACGCAUGUAAAGAUGGAGCAUUGAUACAUCUGAAGACCUAUGAGAAUGUGCUACUUUCUACGUGGUCAAGAAAUGACCAAUUUUUUGCAUUACUUGUAAAAGGAGAAGAUUCAAGACGGUAUCUCAUCGUGGAGUCUUUGGUGGACGAAGAAUACAAAAAAUAUUUUCCAUUACCUGUAACACAUGCAUCUGCUUCAGCUAACGCAAACUAUGUUACCAGUAUGGCUCUGGAUAGUGUCGGUAAGCAGCUUGCUUUGGGGUUUGCUUCUGGUGUCAUCACGCUGAUCAGCACAGACGAUUAUUCCUUUAGAUUAUUGAAAUGGCACAUAGAUGCUGUUCUUUCUAUGGCAUUUAAUAUUGAUAGUACAUAUUUACUUUCUGGUGGCUGGGAAAAAGUGGUGAGCUUUUGGCAAUUGUCAACUAAUCUGCAACAAUUUCUACCUAGACUGAAUGGUGUCGUUGUCGAUUGUAAUACGGUGGGCGACAAGUAUUUCUCAUUAGCACUACAGAUGACGGAAAAUACUUCGAAUACCGAUUACCAACUUUUGCUGCUAAACUUUACUGACCUAACUACUAGAUUGGCUAUUAAUGGUCCGUUGGCAGUGUUUCAAUCAGCUGUGAAGGAUGCUAUGCAACCUUUAUCUGCAGUAAAUACUAAGACAUCUACUUCAGCACCCAAGAUGCACCUUUCUAAGAAGAAACAUGCUAGGAAGUUAAUAAAGGGGAAAAGACAAGAUUUUACCACGGUCUUGCAAAUUCAUCCCCAAACUAAGCAACUCUAUUUCCCGCAUAAAUCUGCUGUCCAAAUCUAUGAUUUUUAUAAGAAUGAGCAGAUUUCGUACCAGUAUAUUGCUUCAGGUAUCAAUAACGCCAUGGGAAAAGUUAGAGGAGAAUUAAAUUUGCAAGAUCCAGAAGUAUACCAGUUACAUUUUACUAAGGAUGGUAAAUGGAUGAUUACUUAUGAAGUAGAAAAACCACCAGAGGGGCUCCUCUCUUCUAAAGAUUUAACACAUAUUUUGAAGUUUUGGAACUUGGACGACAAAAAUGGGUGGCAAUUAAAAACCAAAGUGCUGAAUCCUCAUGGUACAGCUGUACCAAUUGCAGCUAUUUUGGUAGCGCCACAAUCCACCAACGGGUCUCAAAGCUGUCUAACAGCUUCCAACAAUGGUGAUCUCAAGUGCUGGUCUUUUGACACCAAGGAAAAUAAUUGGUGUUUGAUCAAAAUUUCUCCUCCAAAAUUCAACCAUUUUAGCAACAACGUUUCGUUAGCUUGGUCGCGUGACGGAUCCUUAAUCUUCCAUGCUUUCGACGACAGGAUUUCAAUUGUUGUAUUUACUACGUUUAAAAUAUUUGAAUCCGAAAGUAAGAGUUCGAGCACUAUUUCCUUGGACUCGGCUAUUCAAUGCAUGAAGUUGGUCGAUGACACAAUGUUAAUAAUAGCAACAAAGACAUCAUUGAACUUCUGGAGUUUACUGUCUGGGAGUCUUGUUAACUGCUUUGACAUCUAUCCUUUUGUUCAAGGAAUGUACAAACCAGGUCAUAUGUCAAGAUUGUUGUCUUGUGAUGAGGACAAUAACAAAAUUGCAUUUGUGAUAAACGAACAACAGAAGGACAAAAGUGGACAAUGGACGACAAAGUACAAAUCUCGUGUUUUGAUGUUCAGCCUUGACUCAUCCGAAAGACUCGGAUCUUUUGAACAUGAUGAGUAUAUCUCUUCCAUAGCCUGGAAUCACGAUACUGACUUUAUCUUUAUAGACACACAAUGCAGGCUUGGAGUAGUCAGCACUACCACGACUUCUGAAAUGCUAAGUGAAAUUAAUGGUGUCGGUGCAUUGGAACUCUUUGUCACUGAUGAAAACGAUUUUGAAAGACAGCUGAAAGAUCUGUCAAAACAAAAUGAAAAUAAAAUUAUAUUGGAUGAAACUGUUGACGACAUUAAUUUGGAAAUUAUUAACGGCCAAAAGGAAGAAAAGUUGAUUAAUAUGAAUAGCUUCACAAGCAUGUUUGAAAAUAUCGAUAAUAUUCAACUAGGCACGUUAUUUGAUCGCGUUAUGAAGGUUAUCUCAUAG